AUGAAUCAAGAAGAAUUAGUCGCAUUGGGCAAUGAAAUCAUAACGAUAAAGCAUAUUGUGAAAUGCCCCAUUUGUCUCGAAUCUAUCAAAACACCAGUGCAAUUAGUAUGUGGGCACAUACUUUGCGUUAAUUGCCAUACAGAUUUGAAAGCAACUAAAAAUCAAAAUUGCCCUUUGUGUAAGACGCCUGUAAAAAGACGCUCGCCUUUGUAUGAUGACGAAUUUUUUGGUGUCCUGGGCACAUGUAUUUCCAAAAUUUGUACCAUAAUAGAAAAUGCAAAAGAGUUAUCAAUUGAACAAAUUGUGCGCCUUGAUGGUACAACCAAAAAGUUCCACGAUGAUCAGAAACUAGAAUUUCCAGCGAUUAGCCAAGAAUCAGGCAAUGAUAACUCUCAAUGCACCCCUAAAAAUCCCUUCGAUAAGCUAGUGGGGGCGCCAAAAAAAUUGCAUUUUAACAAAAAAGGCACAAAAAUCAAAUACAUAAGAAAGAAGAAAGAAAAUGACUGUACAGACUGUAAAGUCAAAAUCUUGGAGUUUGAAAACGAUAGUAACAAAGCAUCGGUUCUUCAGUGGUUAAACGAUAAUAGAAAUGCAUUCGAUAGAAAUACUCAAACACAGACGUGUGAUGAAACUGGCGAAGAACCUAAAAAACUGCUUUCGUUAGAUCUUCCAUCAGUAUCUCAAAUGAAUCGAGGAUUUCCUGAUGAAGCAGCGCAGCCACAAAUAUUAAAAACUUAUCGUUCAAGAUCGUUGGAUAAUUACUGCAGUUCUGAAAAAGAAAUAACCCGGCUUUCCGAUGGUGUGUUCAGUGAAAAUUACAGAAUUGAAGAAAACACUGAAGAUAUUCUAAAUAAAAUUGAAGUUAUGCUUGAAAACAGAUUUCUAAAUCAACUCGAUAGUGAGCUGGAUAUUAAGCAUCAAAGUAAACAAAAAGAUAAUCCGCCUACUUUUUCUGUAUCGUCCGGAUGGGAUAGAAUUGAAAAAACGUCACAAACUUUAAGAAAAAAGGGAAAAACACCCGAAAAACUCAAUAUUAUCAGCCAUUCUGUGAGAAAAGAUGGAAGUUGUGUAAAUCAGAGAAACUCAAAUGAAGGAUUGAAAUCAAACUCGAAAUUAGCGGAAGUUAGUAAAGAUUUAAGUGGCAUUCUAACUGAAGCACAAUGUAACAAAUCGAUGGAUGUUCCCGACGAAACUGAAAAUAAAUUAAUUGCUAAUGUUACACAGGAAAAUUUAGAACAUGAAACUGUUAUUAGUACAGAUGAAAAUUUAAAGCAAAAAAGCUCAAAAAGGAAUUUAAACAAAUCUUUUCAAAACAUAAUCGAAGCCUUAAAUAUCAAGGAUGUCAAUGUUGCUAAAUCAAAUAUUGAAGAAACCGACAUAGCAAAAGAAGCAGGUGAAGGGGAUGAUGAAGAUAUGUUUUUAUUACAAAAUCAAGAAGCUACUGUAGGCGAUAAAAUGGAGGAAUCUGAAUUACCCAAUACUUCAAAUAAUUGUGUUCAACAUACAGAAAUUGAUAGAAAGAGCCAAUCAGAAAAGAGCAAUACUAUUAAUGCCUUAGAGGAAGAAGAAGAGGAUAAAAGUAAAAAUGAUAACUGGUACAAAAAAAUUAAUAUCUUAAGCAAUGUUAUAAUCCACAAGAAUAACGACGAAAAAUCUAUUCCACAAAUUGCCUCACCUAGAGAGGUAACGAAGGAUGCUGUUUUUGAAAAAAAUGUAACAUCACAAAUUUCUAAUGUAAAUAGUAAUUUAAACAACAUCAUGAGCACCUUAGAUAAAUUACACACUAAUAUAGAAAACAUCAACCGCAACGAAAAUUUAACAAAACAGACUCUAGAUUCUAUUCAAAAAUAUUUACAAAAAUUGCUUGUAAUCCCCGAUACUGUUCGAAACAAAGUCGAUAUAUCCACUCAGACCGACCAAUGCACUUGCCUAAAUUGUUUGCCUAACACACACCAGACCGAAGCUGAUAAACUAGAGCACUCUUUCUUAGCUGCAGGAACACAAUGCAAACUUACAGAGUUAUUAAUAACAGAUUCGCACAAAACCCAAAUGGAUAGUGCACGAAAAGACAGUCAGAAGUUUUCCGAAGGCAACCCGAUAGGCAACACUUUAGAUCUCAUGAACUUCGAGACGCAGGCGCUUGAGAAACAAUACUUACACGAAACUAAAACUCGCCUACCCUUGCCUACAUCAGAUGAAAGACCACCCCGAUGUACAGUGCAAUCUAGUGUUAAAACUCCGAGCAAUUUGUCUUCGACUAGUGAUAACAAAUCCCUGUCUAUUUCUAACGAUGCAAACAUGUUCGUUAAAGCUUUGGCCAAAAAUUUGGAUGCGAAUACGGCCGCUGAUGUUCAGAAAGCGCUAUCGGCCAGCAAUUCCUCCGGCAAACGAAAAUUCAACCGGUUGAUCCAAGACGAAUUAUCCGUGGAAUUUGAGCCAACGCAAAAUAAUUCAAAUAAUCUGAAACUAUCUUGCGACAGUGAAGAAAACGACGAUAAAUACCUGAACACAAUCUUGAAGAAAUUCAAAAGUGGUAAUAUGGAUACACCCAAAACUACAGAUAAAGAAAACGUUCCCGCUUCCCUUGAAUUUCUUCGAAAUAAAAACGAAACCGAAACAACGCACAUUUCCCAAAAUGCUCUCAGCGUAGUCGAAAAAGCUUGUAAAAGAAGCGACACGACUUCCCUUUCUGAUCUAUCGGACAUAAUUCCCGAAACAGAAAACUACAAAUCCCUAAUAAAAGCAGUUAUUGUGGACGACAGAAGCUCUGGAGAGGCUCGCCGAGCUUCCCAACCUCCUGCCCAAAAUGGCUCCAACAAAAACUCAUCCUAUUGUCAAGAACUCGAAGACAGUUUCGAUGGCAUCGACUACGAAAGCGUGUUGAUGGAUUUAGAACACUCUGUAAAAAGCGAUAAGAUAUCUAAAGAAGAGGACAUAUUUUCCGAAGAGGAUGUUAUCGAGACAACGCCGCAUAAAGAAAAACCAACGUUAAAUAAACGCACUGGAAGCUGCUUAGCUGUAAACCUAACGACAAAUUUCAACAAUCUGGAUCCCUCACACGCCAGUACUCCUCGCUCGGCGAAUCCCAACCUAUCCAUAGGACUCUCCCCGAUUUUAACGAACAAAACCCUCGUCGAAGAAGCUAGUAAAACGAAUAACACGCUAAAAUUCAACAAGCGCCACGAUUCGUCCCAAAGGAACAUCCUAACGAGCGAUCCUAGGCAGAAGAGCAUUUUGAACUACGUAAAAGGGUCGAACGAAGCUGGAUCGAAACAGACGGUUUGUAUAGCCUGCACGAGGCUCGGUAAGGAUCAACUGCAAAGCAUCGCGAUUCUGACGAAUAAAAAACUAGCCACGUAUAGCGCUAGUUUCGAUAGUAGCGUUACUCACAUGAUCGUCGCGACCGAUUCGAGGAGAAGGAUUAAGGAUUACACCCUGAAAUUAGUAACGGCUGUAGCUAGUGGAUUGUGGGUACUGGACUUUCAGUGGAUUCAGGAUUGUUUAAGGAGCAACAAACUAGUGCCGGAGAAACCUUAUGAAGUUUUCGACGAUGCCGGAGGUUCCGGUCCUAAAAUAGCGAGAUUAACUAGACACGAGAAUCCCUUAUUCGUCGGUUAUAAAUUUUAUUUCGUACGACCUGCGCAGUCCAUGAAAGUGGAGGAUGCUGAGGAUAUUGUUAUUAAGCUUGGCGGGACUGUUGUGCGAAACCUAGAGAGUUUGCUGGCGAAAGAUCAGAAAGUUAAGCUAAUUAUUACGGAAGGGAAGCAUACGCAAGAUUUCGAAAUAUACGAAAAAUGGCUUGAAAAGUACAAACUUGUUACGGUCGAUAUUGAAUGGUUCAGUAAAUCGAUAGGGCGAUAUACGGUACUCAGUAUUCGGCCUUAUAUUUGGUGCUCUGAUGAUACAUUAGAAUCUCUAGACUAUCCGGCGUUUCUUAUAGAGAAUACGGGUGAUCAGUCUCCUAAUACAUACGGGUAA